AUGGCAGAGGAGGACGAAAGCAGCCCCGAGGGGGCGCAUCAGCCAAUCGAUGAGGAGGACGAUGACGCCGAUGGCACCAUGCGGGAGAUCAUGGAGACACCUACCUCGCGGAGAUCUCGGACACGGACUAGGUCCCCGGUGGCGGCAAGAUCUUCCUCGGCAAAGGCCAGCGGCAGUGCAGCCAAGGCAAGCGGUGUGGGAGGCACUACCAUCGACUCCAGCACGGUGGCAAAGGCCAAAACCACGGCGACUGGUGCGGAGACGACAACGAGUGGGCCGGCAGUGCUGCCAAAAACCAUGGGAGCUGCACCGAGCUGUGGGGUGCUGCAACAGGGGAUCUACACCGUGGUCUGGGACCCCAACACCAACGUCAGGGUGGGCCAAGCAGGCCAGGCGAUGCGAGCACUCCAGCUGAGUGGGAUUGACCAGCAUGGAUCGAUGCUCUUUGCUCCUUGCUUUCCUGUAUCGUGCCAGCUGAAGCCAAGAGAGCGACAGUGGGCUGCCUCCCAGGGAUUGCGCACCUCCGUGUCAAAACAAGACCACCGAUUGCAGAUCAGUCUCACGAUACUAAGCUACACCACGCAACUACACCCCCGCCAGUGUGCUCGCAGGAAGAUAUCAAAUCAUCAGUCCCGACCUUGGUGGCCGCCUCCAUACACAGAGACAACCACUUCGGCUGUCCAUCAGUGUGCACCCUUGAUUACUCAGGCUGGGGAUGUGCGGCCCACCGAGCCGGACUCCACGAUGGAUAAGAACAGGCCCGCCAUGCCUGCUCACAUGUGUGCCCAGUUGCCUGCCAGAGAUUGCAUCCUUCCGAGAUCAGACAGCAUACCACCGAACCCUCUGCAGAUUCCACUCAAGCCGGCCCAUCCCUGUGAUAGCUUCACAAGCGUCAAUGGGGAAAUCGCCUGCUGCGAAGGCACGUUCAGCGACGAGGCCACCUACGAGGUUUCGCAGCCCGGCACGGACACCUGCCUGGGAAUAUCCCGAGCCGAUCGAGGAGUGGCAGCCACCAUGGAAGCCUCGUACAUAGACCUCCUAUGGCAAGUCAUCCAGCUCGAGCAGUACCCACCCGUGCCUGACAGACGUGGGACGGGCUACUACGAGAAGGACCUGGAGGGCGAAGCAGGCCUGCCCGUUCGCAACCCGGACUCGGAGCCCAAGGUGGCGGAUCCCAAACGAGCAGGGACAGAAGCAUCGUCAUCAUCGACACCCAGGAGCAAGGAGGGCUCCGUGAAGGUGGACCAGGCACCAAGCAUGGAGAUGGCGAUGGGCGAAGAGGAGAGUGACCUCCUCGUGGACAAGAUGAUCCAACUCGCGAAGGCCACGGCGACACGGUUUGGGGUCACCAGCGAACAGCUGUUGGACGCCGUGCAGCUGACCUGGCUCCCAGCACUGGAGCAAAAGCUUUGGCGGACUACGGAGACAUGCCUCUUGUGCUCACACAGUCCUGGCAACCUGCGGGAAUGGCAGCAACAUUUGCUCACCAAAUCCCACUCCCGGAUCGCCAAUGAGGCCAAGAUGACGUGGUACCACCUCUACUUGGUCAUGAGCAUCCACGAUGAUAGAAUGCGCCGCCAAACAGGGAAACCAGCAUCGCAAGCCAGUUCGAAUGAGCCCAGCCUUGUGUCACAGAAUGCGGCUCUGCUUUUCGAGCAGCUGGUUGAAGACCUCCAUAAGGCGCAAUGA